AUGCGUGCAGCACAUAUUUGGGCGGCAUGGGCGUUCGGAUGCACGGUGUCUUGGUUCCUGCUCUACCCACCACCAGCACCAUCAAAGUCUUCGCCGCCAUCUUCGCUAGUGCGCCCGGGACUUCCGCUUUGUGCGAAGGGAGUACGACAGAACAUUAAAGCUGAAAAAAACUGCGGCCUUCCCUUUCCAAAGCAUACAGAGCCCCUCCAAAUGGCUUCUUCGGCUGAGCACCUUUAUGCCUGCAGUGGUUUGAAGUUUGCUGGUCCCAUUAGUGACAGACCGGCGAAGAAGCAACGCAGAAGAUGUGCUGGGGUAGCUUUCCAGACUAUUGGGCAGCUUGGAAUGGUCCACGAACACAACAUGUACAACAUGUCCAACGUGGAGGACCUGAGUCGAGCUUGCAUUAAGACUUGGGACCCGGCAAAGAUACGUGCAAGCGAAGCAUGCGCGCAAAUGUCUGCUUGUUCAUCGGCCUGGAAUGUGCUUAAUACAUAUGCCUGGGGACGUCCUGUGCCCCAACUCGAAGCAGUGGUGCGCUGGCAGCACGAGCUGUUUCUUCACUACGUUGCAAGUGCAAUGGCGGAGCAGCAGUUGGUAGAAGCGCCAGCAUGUCUUAAAUAUCCAUUGCCUCGACGGCUGUGUGGGGGGAUGAUGCCAUAUCCUCAAUCCUCAAUGUUGGAGCCGUUGUUCCCAGAUCUUAGGAACAUGUGGUAUCACGAGCACGGGGCACUGAUCGACUUCACCCCCUACUUGCCACUACCUGCAAUCCCGGGAUUCGCCUCCGCUGGGCGGCGGAUCCUCAUCAUUGUGGGCGGCAACGAGUUCAACCGUGCCACAAAGUAUUUGCUUGACAUGUACAGUCCGUACUUCUCAUUCGAUGAAGUGAUGAUUUUCGAUGCCCACUUCAUUGAAGUUCCAGCCGUUUUCAACACGAGUAAGACCAGAAUAACCUUCAGGCAAAGAGCCAUGAACAUCGCAACUCGAGAUGAGUCUGAUUUGGUCUACAUGCUGCCUUCAAUGGUCAGAGAGGCGGACUUUGUCGUGCUCAUGUGGGACACGGACUUGAAUCACAUUCAGGUGACCCUUGAGUGGGGUUUCUUGGCGGACCUCCUGUCGCAACCGCUCAAGCUCGUGGAUGAGCUGUACAUUGAGCUGCAUUUUGCAUACAAGUCGAUCUCGGGAUACACUUGGGAAGGCUUUGUGCAGAAAGUUUCUGCAUCGAGUACAAGCAGCUUAGGCGGACCGGAUUCACCCACCAGUCUUGAUAGAAAGUGA